CAAAAGGUUUAGCAAUGUUCGCAUCGAGGAGGAAGGAGGAGCGCUGAUUUGAGAGGAGAGAGGGCGAGUUCCAUGUGAAGCGUGAGUGCUUGCAAUCUAUGCCUGGACCGCGCAUUGUCUCAUCGCUGCCUGGUUUCCCAAUCUCUAGCAGUGGCAGUAGCUCAUUCCAUCCCUCGCAUUUCUCCAAGUCUUCCGCGCCAGUGAUCUUUUGCCGCAGGCGCAGGCACGGCGCUAGCUCGAGAGGCAAGAAGAGGAAAGGUACAUGCGCUUGCUUGACUGAGCUGCCGGGCGUGAAUCCUUCUUCCUUGGUGGCAGCCGCCUCGCCUGGAUCCAUGGAGCCGGCUCCGUCCUUGUAUCCCCUCCACCGCUGCAAGAUCAUCCACCUGGUGAGACAUGCGCAGGGAUUUCACAACGUUGCCGGUGAGGCGGACCAUCGUGCGUACGAAUCCUACGAGUUUCUCGAUGCGAGUCUCACUCCAAUGGGCUGGGAUCAAGUUGCGAGGCUUCGAAAGCAUGUCAUGACUUCUGGGAUCAAGGAGGCUCUUGGAUUGGUGGUUGUCUCUCCGUUGACUCGAACCAUGCAGACAGCAGUGGGAGUUUUCGGUGGGAGCGAUGUGAAAGACGGUGUGAAAGAAGAGAAUCCACCUCUGAUGGCCGAGGGAGUCGGGAAGGCUCAACACGCGGCGAUUUCCAGCUCGGGCUGUCCAAAGUUCGUAGCAGUCGAGUGGUGUAGGGAGCAUAUGGGCAUUCAUCCUUGUGACAAGCGUAGUCCUAUCCGGGACUAUAAGAAUCUGUUCCCCGCAAUUGAUUUCUCGGAGAUAGAAACCGACGAGGAUACGUGGUGGAAGUGUAGCUCCAGAGAGACUUCCGAGGAGCUCCAUGCUCGCGGCAGGAAAUUCAUAGAGUGGAUACUAAAUCGCGACGAGAAGAGAAUAGCCGUCGUCUCGCACAGCAGCUAUCUGAUCCACCUCCUCGAGUUGUUCGGCGAAGAUUGCUCUCCACUCGUCCAGCAAGAGAUUCGCUCGCCUUACACCAAUUGUGAGCUCCGGACGGUCGUGCUCGCGGAUAGAAGAGCUACGAGCAAGAUUUCGGCGUCUAGUGACUUCCCUGGAGGUGUUCCAGAAGGACCCAGUGCUGGCAGUGAUUUGGCGGAUGUGAUCGAAGAUACUGGCAAGGAGCUAGAGGAUGCAGUUGAAAAUGGAUCUCUCUGAGCUCCAUCCACAUUUCUCUCUUUUAUAUUUUUUCUCACUCUGUCGAGAGUACUACUAUAAUCAAGCCACAAAGAUUUGUCCA